UUAUAAGUACUAUUAUGCUUAUCACUUCCACUAUAACAGAAGAAUUUCUCGAUCUAGUAGCGUUAUAUACCACAAGCAUCCCCAUCACUGCUGCAACCAAAUUCAGAAUAAGAUAAUACAGUAGUCGAAAGAAGUUCAGAGAUGGAUAUUGAAGCUCGGUCGAACGUAUGGGAAGGUUAUGUAGAUUGGAGAAACAGGCCUGCCUUGAGAGGACGCCCCGGUGGCAUGCUGGCUGCCUCCUUUGUUUUAGCUGUGGAGGUACUGGAAAACCUGGCAUAUCUUGCCAAUGCAAGCAACCUUGUUUUGUAUUUGACAAAGUUUAUGCACUUUUCGCCGUCCAAUUCUUCCAACAUUGUCACUAACUUCAUGGGAACAUCCUUCCUCCUUGCUGUUCUCGGUGGUUUUUUGGCAGAUUCCUAUUUAACCACCUUUUCCAUCUAUCUGAUAAGCGCUGCAAUUGAAUUCCUGGGUUUGUUAGUACUUACAAUACAAGCUCAUAUACCAUCACUCAAACCGCCAAGGUGUUUUAUGGGAAACACUGAAAGUCUAUGCCAGAAAGUUCAUGACGGGAAGGCAGCGAUACUAUUUACAGGCCUUUAUUUGGUGGCACUGGGUGUGGGGGGGAUAAAAGGUUCUCUUCCUCCUCAUGGGGCUCAGCAGUUUGAUGAAUCUAAUUCAGAGGGAAGGAAGCAGAGAUCUGCGUUCUUUAAUUACUUUGUGUUCAGCCUAUCGUGUGGGGGAUUAAUUGCAGUAACUUUUGUGGUCUGGAUUGAAGAUAACAAAGGCUGGCAGUGGGGUUUAGGAAUCGCAACUGCAGCAAUACUGAUCUCCAUCCCAAUUUUUCUCCUUGGAGCUGGGACUUAUAGGACCAAAAUUCCUACAGGAAGUCCCAUCACCACUGUGUUCAAGGUUGUUACUGCUGCAAUUCUCAACAAAUGCAAAGCUAGGAAUUCAACUAAUGCAAUAACGAGCAUGGCAACAAGUCCAUCCCACGCAACUGAAAUUAGUAAGGGAGAAGAGAGUAACAAUAAAAACAAGGCACAAGACCAAAGCCAGACUUUGACAGAAAGUCUUAAAUUCCUUAAUGGAGCAGUGAUGGAGCCAGUCCGUGCAAACCUUCGAUGCACAGCAAGGGAAGUGGAAGAGGUCAAGAUAGUAAUAAAAGCUCUUCCCAUAUUUAUGUCCACCAUCAUGCUAAAUUGUUGCCUUGCCCAGCUUUCGACAUUCUCCGUCCAACAAUCUGCCACUAUGGAUACUAGGCUUGGCUCCUUCAAGGUCCCACCAGCUUCCCUACCUAUUUUCCCGGUCAUCUUCAUCAUGAUCCUGGCCCCACUCUAUAACCAUGCCAUUGUCCCAUUUGCUCGAAAGUUAACGGACACUGAAAUGGGGAUUACCCAUUUACAACGAAUUGGGACAGGGCUAUUCCUCUCUAUUGUGGCAAUGGCUGUGGCAGCUUUAGUGGAAAUCAAGAGGAAGAAAGUUGCUUCCAGAUUUGGCCUGUUAGAUUCAGCAAAACCUCUGCCUAUUACAUUCCUUUGGGUGGCUUUACAGUAUUCAUUCCUUGGAUCCGCAGAUCUUUUCACUUUGGCAGGCAUGAUGGAAUUCUUCUUCACAGAAGCACCAUUAAGCAUGAGGUCGGUGGCCACAGCUCUGUCAUGGGCUUCACUAGCCAUGGGAUACUUCCUCAGCACAGUUCUUGUUUCCGUUGUGAAUAGGGUGACUGGGACCUUUGGAGCCAUGCCCUGGCUCUCUGGUAUCAACUUGAAUCACUAUCACCUUGAAAGGUUUUACUGGCUCAUGUGUGUGCUCAGUGGACUGAACUUUCUCCAUUAUCUUUUCUGGGUCAAUUCCUACAAGUAUAGAUCAAUAAGGCCAGUGCAGUAGAACAAAGACAGCCCUUGGUUUCAUGUUUUAGAGAGUUAUAAGGCAUUGCUCUUUAAUCAUGGUUAUGAUACAACUUCCAAAUAAUGAGAAAGAAGGAUAGCAAUCUCUAGUUAGUUACCUAUUCCAUGGGGCCCGCAGUGUAGGUCCUAGUGUCAAAAUUCAUACUUUUCUGCUUCAAUGGCAGUAGGGAUCAAUAUUGGGGUUUGGUGGAGAUUCCUUCUUCUAUGUAUAAUUGAAUAGCCAUUUCUAUUUAUAAUUGUUCAAAAGAUCAGUCCGCUAAAAGGACCAGAAACACAAAAAAGUAAGACAUUUACAAUCAA